UUGGGGCUGUUGUCACGAACCAUGAUCUGGACCACCUAUACCGGCGAUCCAUAGCUGCCUUGGAUGAUGUCUUCAGCUUAAAGGUUCAGGUAUUUAGCGGCACCGGGCCGGGGUCUUUUGCCUUUUAUUAGCGUCUCGAAUCUCUCGAUUAGGUUGGGCGCUUUCCCUUAUUUCCGUCGGCCCGGGGUUGAACCGCUCAGGUUAACCUCCAAAGUUGAAAGAGACAGGUAUCUUAAUCAUGGCGCUUCUCGACGCGCCGCAUCUCAAGGCACUCCAUGAGCACGGCAAGGGCGACGCCUGGCAUAUUGACUCGAUUUGCCGGCGGCUCGACCUCAACGACCCCUGGAGUUUCCACGCAGGCCGCACUGUAUAUCGCAAAGCAGAGACUAAGGACGAAGAGCUGGUGGUCCCGGCACCGCAUCUCUUCACCUCGCUGUCUUCUUCCUCGGUGAGCGGAUCCCCAGACGCGGUCGUCCUGCCGUCGGUUGCCCAGUGCGCCGUACACCUGGAGCUGCUCGAGGUCUUCUUCAAGCUCCGCUCCGACAUCCUCCAUAGCACGGCGCUCGAGACCACGUUUGGAAUCAAACAGUCUCACCGUACCGUCUAUCAGCGCGUGUACGGCAAGCCCAUACGACAACCAGUCAAGCUCAAGGACCCAAUGUGGGACGAGAAGAGAAGGAAGAAGUGGCCUUACUUCUUGACGCUCGCAGUUGCACGGUUCGAGAUUUGGGCGGAAAAAGCCGCUGCCACACUCGUUGGAGAAAAGGAAGAAGCAGUGCAGCUACCCUACCUCCCUCCUCUGGAUAUCCUUAUGGUGUGGCACGCCUUUUUACUCAACCCCAAAGCUUUUGAGAGUUACUGCAACGGACCCGGACGAGAUCUGUCUCGCCUGCGCCAAAUCCCUUUCCCUUGGAAGGAGAUCCACGACGCAAUCGACACCAGACACCUCACCUUCACGCUCCCCGCGCCCUCCGCUGCUUGGUUCAGCACGACGCUCAGCCUCUCCCCGGAUCUAUUCGCCUUCCUGACCUUGACCUCCACCAAACCAACCAACCACCCCAUCCUAGCCGCAACCACCCGCUUCGGGACGCACGGCAUCCCCUUCCGCCCGAGCAACAACAACAACAACACCGCACCACCACCACCACCACCCCCCUCGGACCCAUCCAACGACGCACAAGAGUCCGCCGCCUUCCUCAGCUUGCUGCACACCUCCCGGGUGCACCACCAGCGCCAGGCCCCGCUCGCAGACAACGUCCAGCGGCAGGCCGCCUUCGUCGACAAGAUGCACCGCUUCCUCUGGCUCCGCGCGCCCUCGCUGGCGGGCACGCUCCGGCGGGCCGUGGCGCGGUACGACCGCUUCCUGGCCCUGUUUGCGCUCUACCGGGGCGAGAUGCUCGUGCCGACGCUGGACAUCGACCUCGUCUGGCACACGCACCAGCUGAGUGCGGGGAAGUAUGAGAGGGAUAUGCUGCGGCGGGUGGGUAGGUUCAUUAACCAUGACGAUACCGUCGGUCAGGGCACGUUGCGAGGCGGGCGGGAGAGGACCAGGGAGGUGUGGCGCGUCCGGGUGGGCGGGGAGUACGAGGUGUGUUUGUGCUGGGAUUGCGAGGCGAUUGUGGAUGUUUUGGAGGAGAUGGAGGAUGGAGAUAAAGAGCAAAGGGGGGAGGGGGAGGAGGAGGAGGGGGAGUAUUGGUUUGAAAAGGUUAUGCAGCGGGUGCGGAAUGAGGUCGAGUAUUAUCGGGCGGUCGAGGCGGCUAGACGGUGGAAGUGGGAGAGGUUGCCUGUCCGGGUGAAGGCUUGGGGAGAGCAGUAGGAUGGGCAAGUUGCCGGUGGUAAGACGUAGCCUUUAGGGCUCGUGUAUGAUCAGGUAGACUAGGUGUGAUGAUUACUAGCUACCUCGUAUGUGAUAUGAUCAUAGAUGGAUCUCUAAUAUACUGCCAUGCGCCUUUGAACCUC